AUGGUCACAUUCUCCAAGCGUAGAUCUGGAAUCUACACUAAGCUCAGUGAGAUCUCCAUUCUCUGCGGUGCCGACGUCGGAUUUCUUGUGUAUUCCGGCGCCGGGAAACCGUACACGUUCGGUAGCCCAUCCUUUCAGGCUGUGGCAGAGCGGUUUCUCAACGGAAAUCACCCAGAAAUGAUUAACAGCGAGAGACGCUUGUCGUCUUCGUCAUUGAUCGUGGAGGCUCAUAGGAAAAUGAAGUUGGACGAGCUCUGCAAAAAGUACAACAGUGUGAUGGAGGAGUCAAGUGCGGAAGAGGAGAGAGGGAAGAAGUCGGCGGCCAUGGCGCAUUCCUUGCCGGUGGAAAGUGAUGCAUGGUGGAAAGCUGAUCCGAAGGAAGACGAAGAUGCGAAACAGUUGUUGCUCACAUAUGAGCAUCUCUAUGACAAACUGUGUGAUCUUGCUUGUGGAAGAAGCCAUGGAGGCGAUGCGUCAACAUCGUUAGCCGGAAUUAAUCGCCAUUUUAAUUAG